AGACUUUGUUUCCAAAGUUUCUCUGCUCAAAGUUCGCAAGACUGGGUGCAUUUCCCUCAGUCGGCAGGAGAGUAGGAAAUGCUCCUGGAGAAGGACGUUUUUAAACGUCUGUUGAUUCUCGAAGAUGGGCAUUAUGGAGUUAUUCUCACCAAUAGCAAUCGCCGUCCUGGGAAGCAGCUGUGCUCUUUUCUUAUUCUCUCGGUGGAAGAAUUGGCAUGGACCCCCGUGUAUCCAGGGCUGGAUUCCUUGGGUCGGAGCUGGAUUUGAGUUUGGGAAAGCCCCUCUUGAAUUUAUAGAAAAAGCAAGAAUUAAGUAUGGACCAGUCUUUACCAUCUUUGCUAUGGGAAACCGAAUGACCUUUGUUACUGAAGAAGAAGGAAUCGAUGCGUUUCUAAAAUCUAAAAAUGUAGAUUUUGAAUUAGCAGUACAAAGUCCUGUCUAUCACACAGCAUGGAUUCCAAAGAAUGUCUUCUUGGCACUGCAUGAAAAACUGUAUGUCUUGAUGAAAGGGAAGAUGGGAACUUUCAACAUACAUCACUUUACUGGUCAGCUGACUGAAGAAUUUCAUGAUAGACUGGAAAGUUUAGGCACUCAUGGAACAAUGGACCUGAAUGACUUUGUAAGGUAUCUCCUUUAUCCAGCCACAAUCAAUACUCUCUUUAUGAAAGGGUUGUUUCUCACAGACAAGAGGAAAAUCAAGGAAUUCUACCAGCAUUUUAUAGCCUACGACGAGGGCUUUGAGUACGGCUCCCAGCUGCCAGAAUGGCUUCUGAGAAAGUGGUCAAAAUCCAAAAGAUGGCUCCUAGCACUGUUUGAGAAAAAUAUUGAAGACAUAAAAGCACAUGAAUCUUCAGAGCAUUCUGAAACCCUCUUUCAGGCCAUAUUGGAAUCUGUGGAGAUGGAAACACGUCAACACAGCCCAAAUUAUGGACUGCUUAUGCUUUGGGCUGCUCUGGCCAAUGCUACUCCUAUGGCAUUCUGGACACUCGCAUAUAUCCUGUCUCACCCUGAUCUCCACAGGACUAUUUUGGAAAGCAUAUCCUCUGUGUUUGGCACUGCAGGUAAAGACAAGAUUAAGGUGUCUGAAGAUGACUUGAAGAAGCUCCAUCUAAUUAAGUGGUGUAUUCUGGAAUCCAUCCGUUUGAGAGCCCCUGGUAUCAUUACUAGAAAGGUUGUGAAGCCAAUUAAAAUUCUGAAUCACACAGUUCCUUCUGGUGACCUGUUGAUGUUGUCUCCAUUCUGGCUACACAGAAAUCCAAAGUAUUUUCCUGAACCUGAGUCAUUCAAACCUGAACGCUGGAAAGAGGCGAAUUUAGAUAAGUACAUUUUCUUGGACUACUUCGUGGCAUUUGGAGGCGGGAAGUUCCAGUGUCCUGGAAGGUGGUUUGCUCUCUUAGAGAUUCAACUUUGUAUUAUCUUAGUGCUUUAUAAAUAUGAGUGCAGUCUUCUGGACCCAUUACCAAAGCAGAGCUCUCUACAUUUGGUGGGUGUCCCCCAGCCAGCAGGGAAAUGCCGAAUUGAAUAUAAACAAAGAGUUUGACCUUCCUUGGGACUCAUGAGAUUCAGAACCUUCUAGAGGAGUGAAGUUACCCACCCAGCUACUAUUGUCCCAGCACCUCGACCUGAAGACAUCCUAAUGGCACAUGCGUUUCAAAUCUGAAGACCAUGCACCAGAUUUCACUGUCAGGAACACAGAAACCCCCAUUCAAGGUUUACAGAAAGGGUUCAGAUGAUUUUGGAAAAAUUAGACUAUUUCUAGAUAUUUUGUAUUUCUAAAAUAUAAUACUUAGCUAGACCUGCAAACAUGCCUAGUGCUCAGAAAUGUUGAUAAACCGGUGUUUUAUGACACUGGUGGGGACAGGUUCCCUUGCUGCAUUUAUUCCUGCACUCUGUUAUACCAAGGGAAGCAUCUUCCUGUUGGGGAUAGUUAAUUAGUGUACGUUGACCGAGGUAUCGAUUUGUAUUUUAGUUAAGGGGGAAACACUCUUUUGACUCAAAGUAUCUUUACUUAUAGUUUGACAGAGAUAAUAUUUUUACUCCUGUAAAAAUGCAGUCUUGAUAUGCCA